CGGGGGGCGGAGCGUCAGCCGCGCCUCCGAGGCAGCCGAGCGCUGACGUCCUCUUCCGUUCUGCUGGCGGCUUGCAGGAGCGAAGAUGAUGAAGCUGCUGCUGCUUGCCUUCCUUGGGGUCUUCUCUUCCGUCCACUGUGAGGAAGGGGCCAGGCUUCUAGCCUCCAAGGCUCUUCUGAACAGAUACGCCGUCGAGGGCCGAGAUCUCACUUUGCAAUACAACAUCUACAAUGUUGGUUCCAGCGCUGCCUUAGAUGUUGAGUUGUCGGACGACUCCUUCCCUCCAGAAGAUUUUGGUAUCGUCUCCGGGAUGCUCAACGUGAAAUGGGACAGGAUUGCACCGGCCAGCAACGUGUCCCACACUGUGGUCCUCAGGCCACUGAAGGCUGGCUACUUCAACUUCACAUCUGCCACAAUCACCUACCUGGUGCAGGAAGGGGGACAGGUGGUGGUCGGCUUCACCAGUGCCCCAGGGCAAGGAGGGAUCUUGGCCCAGCGGGAAUUCGACAGGAGGUUUUCACCGCACUUUCUGGACUGGGCCGCCUUUGGCGUCAUGACGCUCCCUUCCAUCGGCAUCCCGCUGCUGCUGUGGUACUCGAGUAAGAGGAAGUACGACACCCCCAAGAACAAGAAGAACUGAGGCGGCCCUUCGGAGUGGGCGCUUCCCCUCAUCCAGGGAGGCUGCCAGAAGGCGGAGAAGCGAUGGGGUCACUCAGCUCACGGAGGGUCCUCCUUUCGCCAUCUGAGAACUUCUUUCCCGUUUGAAAAAGGGGGAGGGGAUUAAAAAAAAGGGAUGUUUUUUUCCUCUGGGCAGCCUCGCACCCCUUCUCCCUGCACCCCAUUUCUUCUCCUUUUGAGACCUGCUUCCCUGGAUCAAAAAAAAAGGAUGGUGCAAGGAAGAAGAUCACAUCCCUGGUAGAGGAAACGCCGGAGCCAAAAAGAGGUCGAAAUAUGGCAUUGGCUUCCUUAUCCCCCCCAGAGAUCCUUUCCGAUCUGCAUUGGCAGAUUUUUUUUUAAA